AUGCCGGGGUUUAUCGUGCCAAAAUUGACAGAAAAGGACUAUGAACGUGAUCACCACGAGAGAUUCAUCGAAACCCAAUUUGGCUACCUUGAUUACCAUGACUACCCCGGGCAGAAAUAUUAUCGAAACUUCCAGGGCGAACAUGACCUUGACUUAAUCCGACGCUACAUUCCAUACAACCUCUGCUCGGGCUAUCCCGAUGUGACCUACCGAUACUUCGCUCAAAAUUGGCCCGAACUAUGCAUAUUUGUAAGGCAACUCCAUUGA